GAGUAGCUCAGCGAGGAUAUGUUUUCCUUUAUUUCACUAAUUAAAAUCAUGACUAAGAUACAGUCAUGAUUUUAUCGAAUUAAACUAAUUUAGAAGUGAAAAUUGAAGUACUAAUUUUCUAGGUAAGUGAAAGUGAAAGUGAGACCAGCAGCAUUCACAGCAGUGUGGUCUUAAAAAUGGAUUAAGUUAAUCUUUAGAGACUUUACGAAUUUGUUACAUGAAAAAAUUAAAAUAUCAUCUCACCAGUUUCGCUGGCAAUGCAGCUGGCGAAGACCGAAGGAAAUAUACUCGUUCCCAAGCUAUGGGACUUGACAUCGACUGGAGUACCUUCAUUUGCAGAAUGCUGGGAGAUUGGAGUGCCAACAGAGGAAAAUCUGCAUUGGUCUCUAAUUUUAGCUUACCUGCUACUAUCUGAGGAAAAACUUACCUUUAAUUAUCGAAUAAAAUGUUUAGGAAUACCUAAUACAGAAAUAAAAAAAAUGGAGGAGAUUAUAAGUAAUUUCAACCCGUUUUCGGAAGACAGGCUCAGCAUUUUCGAAUCAACGUACAUGCGUGAAAAGUUAAAAACUUUUAUGUCAAAUCUAACAAAACUUUCAAAACGUUUUAAGACAGGGAAAGCGUUUUCAAGCAUACCACGUAAACUACAGACAGCUUCUUCUAUGUUGCAAUGUUGCAUCUAUGUUUUUACGCAGAGAGACGACCAAGGAAUUCAGAAGUGGAGUAUAAAGACUUACCAGUCUGAUAACAAUCCAGAAUAUAAUAAUAUUAUAAUAUUAUUCGAUAGAAAUAAUGCAUUCAAUUUAGGUUUAUUUCCUGAACAAGUGCUCCCUCUACGACAGCAAGUUUUUAAUGCUCUAUUUAAAAUGAUAAAAGGAAGUACUGAAGCUAUAGAAAGACUGUGGCAAAUGACCAAUAACGAUAAACAUUUUAUAAAGUGCCUUCUAAGCGAUUCAUCGACAAGUGAAAUGUUGCCUUCCAUCUAUAAUAACCCCUAUGUUGCUGUCAAACUAUCAGAAGCUGGGUUCGAGACUGAUCCCUUAGUUUUUAUAAACGGACACUCGGGGUUUUACGACGCAAUAAAUCACGUUGAUUCUAAGUACCUUAAGAUUCUGUAUAAAUAUAAAAUUGGUUCUAAGUUAUUCAAUAAUCAGACAGACGAUCCAAAAACAAACUAUCUAACAAAUUUGCGUAAAAUUGGCGAGAUCUUAAGGGUAGAGAUGAAUAAUUCCAGCAAUAACGAUCGAAUUUUAAGGAUCUCAAGACUGUAUCACAAGUUUAAUGAAUUUCAGCAAGAAGUAAUGAUUAAAAUUAAGAAUAUAGAAGACAGUUUUGCAGGAAAACCCGUUUCCGAUAUUAUUCAAUUUGAAAAAGGUAAAAACGUUAUCUUGGGUAUUUUAGAGUGUUACCUUAAUUUUUUUUACUUUUCAAAUGGGCCUCAGAUAGAUGCAGAUGACGAGUUGUUUGAUUACAUAAAUUGUUUUGACUAUUACGAAAAUUUAGAUGCUUUUGCUUGCAUCUUAUUUUUUGAAAACGUUUUUCAUAUUCAAGAAUAUUUAAAGUACACAGAUACAUUCGAAUGUCUUACUCAAUCAUUUUAUAUUUUAAUUUUGAUUCGCAGAGGCAUUACGCCAUUUAAACAUGAAGUACAGUGCGUAAACUGUACUAUGAGUCGUGAAGAAUGCGAGUUUGCAAAAAACAAAUCUAAAAUGUUGCCAGCCAUUUAUGAAAGACUUUACCUUCAACAUGAGAUUUCUAAGUUUAUAAACGAAUUUAAAGGUGCCACUCUCUUCCGAAAUGAAAAAGAUAAAGAUUUGAUCAGAAGGAGUUUAUCUUCUUUAUCAGUGGUCAUGGAUAUGUUUCGAUGCAGGAGGUUUAACCACUACCUGGGCGCAGCUGCGCAAACAAUUAUUGAUGAAAAUAUGAAUGACCUAAAUAAAUCUAUUUCUGUUCUUUUAAUUGAAAGGGCGCUCCAAGUAAUAGGAGAAUUAUGUCCAUCAAAUAACAAUUCGUCUAAAUUUUGUUACUUACUGGGUGCGUACUUAACACAAGAGGUUGAAGAACAUUUCUUAAAAAUUCGUAACAGUUGUUUAUCCCAUUAUUAUGCGCAUUCCUCUCAAUUUAGGCUUGCUAUGGAAAAGGACAUUUCUCGUUUUAUGAUUAUUCAAAAAGAGUUUCAAAAUCUAAUGUAUACACGUACGCAUUUGCGAUUUAAUCUGUAUUUAGAUUUACAGCAAUACUUAAUACAUAGAGGACUGAAGCUUGCGUCAUCACAAGAGAUUAGAUACUGCGGUACUGCUUCAAAUGUUCACCAUCGCAGUAUCUUUCGCGACGACUGUAAGAAUAUUAAGAUAAUGAAAGAAUCAUUAGACGAAACAGGGAAGCUUAUAUAUAAAACAACGGCUAAAAACAUUUUAAAUUAUUUAAAUAAUUUUCUUAAUAAUAAAAAAAUUAAUGUCUCACAGUCAUCUUGUGCAAAUAAUGAAAUACGAACAGAAACCGUAAAAGAUAUGCUGAAGUAUUUUCUUCCGGUUUUCCUUUUCAUUGCCAAGAACUCAUCAGCUCUCAAAACAAAAGUUGAAUUAUGUGAUCAGUGUAUAAAGCUUUGUAAGAGCGAAAAACUGGAUGAUGAGACGAAAAACAUUCUUCUUAAGUUUAUAGAUGAUAUUCGGUUCCAUAUUGGAGAAAUAUUUGUGAAUAUAAGUAACGAACCAUAUUAUGAAUGCCAGCACAUACAAUUAUUCCAUAAUGCUGUUAGAAAUUAUCAAUAUUUUACACCGAGAGAAAAACGCCUCAUCAAAAAAGGCCUACCCGUAGGGUUUCGUAAGGAGAUAGAAGCAAAGCAGAUAUUAAAAGCCUGCUUAAAAGGGGAACAAAUAAUUUCGGAUGAUGAAAGAAAAACAAAAUUUAAAGAUUUACAUAUAAGGAAAGCCGAGAGAAAUGUUUUAAGGAAAAACUUCGGAACUAAUACGAAAGAAGCUUUAGUAGCGUUGAACAGUGCUAGGGAUAUAGAAGAAAACAUUUUUCUUAAGAAAGUAUUAACAAAAUCCGAAUACGAAGCGAUAAUCUCGAAUAUUAGCCCCGCGUGUCCUAGGAAAGUUAAAAAAAAGCUGCUCAAUCUUGUGAAACAUAAAUUAAACUUCUUAAGAAACAGAAUACAAAUGAUGAAAAAUAUCCUGAUAAAUGAAAAUGAACAGAUUCAAAGAAUGUGGAAUGAAAAAAGUGGAAAAUGUCAAGAACUCGCCAGAACUCUUAUGAUCGAGCGUUAUAUGGAAAAAACUGAAAUCCAAAUCUCUUUAGAAAUGAUUCUUUUUGAUUGCAUGAACUCUUUACAUAAACAUAAAGGGUUGAAGGAUUUAUGGACAAAAUCGAACAGUUUAUUCUCAGGACUAAAUCUAAGAAAUUUCAUCUCUCAUGGAAAUCCCAUAAUUCAAAGCUUUUGUGACAUUCUGAAUAAGAAAGAUUUACCUACUGAAUUUAUAGAUAAAAUGUUAGAAUUUAUCGAAGAUGAAAAGGUUCUUGAAACUAUGGAAAAAUUAUUUGUUGAAGCUCGUGUUUCGACUGCUGAAGAAUUAGAAAGAGAAAUAAAUAGAUCAGCUACAGAUUGUUUUUCAGACUCACGUAAGCUUAUCAAAAAUUGCAAAAGAUGGCAUAAUUACACAUUCCUUUUCCGUUAACAUCAUGGCCUUUAUUUCCCUUUAUUUCUUACAUGUCAUUUGUAAUAAUGAGUUUUUCAAGUAUUAAAUAAUCAUUUAAAUAAACAUUUUGCAUUAAAAAAACUCAAUCUCUAAAGCUCUGUCUAAAUGAUUUUUAUCUAGAUUUCGAUCAUUAUGUUUUUGAAUUAAACGCUUGAAGAGGACAGAAAAUAGCAAAAUUCUUGAAAUAUGAUAGUUUUGUCCUGCAAUUCAAAAGAAGUAUUUUAAAUCAUAAAUUAAUCAAGGAUUAAAGUAUUUAUACCGGCUUUGAAAAUAUUUGAAUCUAGGAUUAAUAUAUUAGUAAAACUAUGCAUUUAUCCAUUUAUAAUUACUUGUUUAUUAAUUAGAUAAGAGAAGGUUUGUAAGUUAUUUUCUCCCUCUUUUCCUCAUGCCUUCGUGGUAUAACGGUAACACACUUGGCAUGUAUUCGAGAGGUCCAGGUUCGAGUCCCGGCGAUGGUA